UGUGUGUGUGUGUGUGUCUGGCAUGGGACUUGAGGCUAUAAAAUGAAGCAACUUAUUGUGACCGGGACGCACUCUUUAGCCGGAGUUCACUGUGUGAGCUCCUUCGCCCAAACUCCAGUCAGCCCGAUGUGUUGAGGUCGGACAGCUCGCAGAGACGUGUCGCUGUCGGGCUUUCCUUCCCACUUCCGAACCGAGACACUUUCCCCCCCACCACCACCUGUGAGGCGCCGGGUACGGGACACAAGAGCGGAGCCAUGGCAGGGGACGGCUCGGACCAGCGGGCGCUGCAGUAUGAGCAAACCCUGAUGUAUGGGCGCUACACCCAGGAGCUCGGGGUGUAUGCGAAGGAGGAGGCCGCUCGGCUGAGGGAGAGCGGGCAGAGGAGAUCGGUGACUGAGCGAAGCCGGACACUUGACCUACUGGAGUAUGACAAGGGGCGCUGUGCCAAGUGUCGCAGGUCAGGGUACCCGUAUGUUCUGGAGGCCCCGGCUCACGACUUUAUGUCUGUCUGCACGGUCCGCUGCCAGAAGUUCCUGAUCUCGCGGGUCGGGGAGGACUGGAUCUUCCUCAUCCUGCUGGGACUCGUCAUGGCCCUGGUCAGCUGGGUGGUGGACUUCUGUAUCGCCAUCUGUCUACAAGCACAGAAGUGGAUGUACGGCGGUCUGGACAGUAACGUGUUCCUGCAGUAUCUGGCCUGGGUCACCUACCCCGUGGUCCUCAUCACCUUCUCGGCCGGCUUCACCCAGAUCCUCGCCCCACAGGCUGUUGGUUCAGGCAUCCCAGAGAUGAAGACCAUUCUACGAGGAGUGGUGCUGAAGGAGUACCUGACCUUCAAAACCUUUGUGGCCAAAGUCAUCGGCCUCACCUGUGCUCUGGGCAGUGGCAUGCCUCUCGGCAAGGAGGGUCCGUUUGUGCACAUCGCCAGCUUGUGCGCCGCUCUCCUCAGCAAGUUCAUGUCUCUGUUUGGAGGAAUUUACGAGGAUCCCAGUCUUAUAGGGUUUAAGGAUGUCAGUCUCAUUGGAGUGAAGAAUGAGUCAAGGAACAUCGAGAUGCUGGCUGCAGCCUGUGCUGUGGGGGUGGGCUGCUGCUUCGCUGCCCCCAUUGGAGGUGUGCUGUUCAGUAUCGAGGUAACAUCCACCUUCUUUGCGGUGAGGAACUAUUGGAGAGGUUUCUUCGCCGCUACCUUCAGUGCCUUCAUCUUCAGAGUACUGGCUGUGUGGAACAAAGACGAAGAGACGAUCACAGCCCUGUUUAAAACCCGUUUCCGGCUCGACUUUCCCUUCGACCUCCAGGAGCUUCCUGCCUUUGCUGUAAUAGGCAUUGCCAGUGGUUUCGGUGGGGCUUUGUUUGUCUACCUGAACCGACUGAUAGUCCAGUUCAUCAGGAAACAGAAGGCCAUCAACAGGUUCCUCAUGAAAAAGCGGUUGCUCUAUCCAGCACUGGUCACUUUACUCAUUUCCACACUGACAUUUCCUCCCGGGUUUGGACAGUUUAUGGCUGGAAAGCUGACCCAGAAGGAGUCUCUGGUCACAUUACUGGACAACCGGACGUGGGCUAAACAGGGUAUCGCCGAAGAGUUCGAUUACAUCGGAAACUCACAAGCCUGGAAACAUCCACAAGUCAACGUCUUCGUCACGCUGGUUCUGUUCAUCGUCAUGAAGUUCUGGAUGUCUGCCCUGGCCACCACCAUCCCGGUGCCUUGCGGAGCCUUCAUGCCAGUAUUUGUCAUUGGGGCAGCUUUUGGUCGUCUGGUCGGGGAAAGCAUGGCAGCCUGGUUCCCAGACGGCAUUCACUCAGAUGGCACCAUUUACUCCAUUGUACCGGGAGGCUACGCCGUCGUGGGUGCUGCAGCCUUGUCAGGAGCGGUCACCCACACGGUUUCUACAGCGGUCAUUGUGUUCGAGCUGACUGGCCAGAUCUCCCACAUCCUGCCGGUGAUGAUAGCGGUGAUCCUGGCCAACGCUGUGGCCCAGUCCCUGCAGCCCUCCCUGUACGACUCCAUCAUCAGGAUCAAGAAGCUGCCCUACCUGCCUGAGCUCGGCUGGGGUCACCACGAGAAAUACAACAUCCGUGUGGAGGACAUCAUGGUGCGGGAUGUGCGGUACAUCACGCUCAACUGCUGCUACCGAGAUCUGCACAACGUGCUCCUGACAGGUCACCUCAAGACUCUGGCACUGGUGGAAUCAGCAGAGUCGAUGAUCCUGCUGGGCUCCAUCGAGCGCGCUCAGCUGCAGUCGCUGCUCUCGCAGCAGCUCGGUCGGCCCCGCAGGAUGGAGUACAUCAAGGAGCGGGCUGUGGCCGAGAAGAAGCGCCUGUCGGUGGUGUCCAGCCUGGGCAGCGAGGACGGCGGCCACCGGGCCAGUCAGGAGGUCCGCUUCCAGAUAUCGACCGAGGAGUCCUCCUUCAGUCCAACUCGUACCGUACCUCAGAAGCCCCUCAAACCCGCUCUGAAGAGACCCUCCGUCGUGGAGCGACCCACCGAGCUCCCCACCAGCCCAAAUGAUAAUUCUGGCAUUGCACUGAAGAACCUGUUCUGCGCCAGUCCGGACGCCGAAGGCCUGGAGAAAAACAACAACGUGGAAAGCCCCACGUCUCCUGAGCUCAGGAGGCCGUCCAAACGGGUCCGGAUAUCUGUAGUGGAGCCACCACCCAGCCUAAAGAGUUUCUUUGGGGACGACGGGGAUGUGGAGGACGACAUGACCAUCAGGGAGAUUGCUGAGUGGGAGGAGAAGCAGCUUGAUGAGCAGGUCAACUUCAACAACUGCAAGAUCGACCCUGCCCCGUUCCAGCUGGUGGAGCGCACGUCACUGCAUAAGACCCACACCAUCUUCUCCCUGCUGGGCCUCGACCACGCCUACGUCACCAGCAUCGGGCGCCUCAUCGGGGUGGUUUCCCUCAAAGAGCUUCGUAAAGCCAUCGAGGGCUCCGUGACGGUGAAAGGUGUGAAGGUGCGUCCGCCCCUGGCCAGCUUCAGGGACAGCGGCACCAGCAGCAGUGAGAACGAGGCCACCGAGCUCCACAAGCUGUGGGACCGCCACAAGAGCAUGUCGCUGCCUCGCGAGCACACGCCGUCCGAGUCCGACGAAAAGUCCCAGUGAGGAGCCGACGAGGAGGAGGAGGAGGAGGAGGAGAGACAAGGAAGAAGAGGUGGAGGAAGAGGAGAGAAGGGAAAGUUUUUAAUCUUCCAAAGCCACAAACAUGCAAAAAUCCUCAGGGCUUAGGAUCAAUAUUUAAUUCUGGAAAGAGAUCUACUGCUACGCCAGCCUCCUCUUCCUCCUCCUCUGCUCCUCUUCCCCCUCCUCCACCACUUCUUGUGCUCCCGGGCCACCCACAGUGCUUUCUGUCUCCAGGAGCCUUGCACUGAUCCAACCACACACUCCCAACAGGGUGAGACGAACACAACUCUACCUGUACCCGCCUCCAUUUACCCACAGCAGAGGAAACAAAGGACAGCUGUCUGUGUGGGACCGGGUAGAAAUCUUUUCAAAAAGGGAUCCUUUGUUUUUGUUUUUCUCUCUUUUAGCAGAUUUUGUCUUGCUUGUGCGUCUUCAGAUUUGAAAGAUUUCUUUUCAACAUGUCUUCCACUUGAAUAGAGGAAUUCAGCAGCGAUGAGGAAGAAAACUGUAAUGUGUGCAAGAGUGUGUAAGUGUGUGUCUGAAUUGAGAAAAUGUGAGUUUGUAUGUGUGAAAGUGGAGGUAGCAGAUGACUAUUUCUUAUGGGAUCUCUGUUUUUAUUAUUACUCUCUGAUGCAUUUGUUUUCCUGCUUCCAUAUGUGACUGAUCAGGUGGUCUCUGUUCUACUGGAAUGUUUGUCUUGGCUGGAAAAUGCACCACUCGCACAGGAAAAGAUGCCUUAGUUUUCUGUAUUCACCAGUUUUCCAUGGCCCCCCAUCUCCUCUUUAAACCUGCCCCUUGGUAAUCCAGUUGAUGGUCCGUCUUAUGCGAGGUGGCAGCGAUGGAAGCACCUGUAGCCCCCUUCUCAUGACUGCAUACUCCUUUCAUACUUCAUGAAAACGCACACAAACGGAGUGUAGUGAUGCACUUCCAGAGUCGAAGUCUUUCUGCUUAUCUAAAUAUAGCUCCUAAUAAGUGUUCCAAAGGAGGCUGGGGCGGAUGGAGAGGGCAGGAAGCUCGAGGGGGGGUGGAGUAAAUAGAUGCCUGAGAGAAUGAAGACAUCAUUACCUAACCAGCUGCUCCGAGCCCUCUCAUCAGUCAAACCUCCGUCAACCCGCUGCAUGCGAGAUUCAACCUCCAGCGGUUGAUGUCACAGUCCCGGGAACAGGAACAUGCUGUUCCCAUCGCUGUUCCCAUCGCUGUUCCCCACGUUUAUAGCACUAGGUGAUUGCACUCAAACCAGCCAGCUUAACCGUGCUGACAUAAGACGCGUUGGACGUAGUGUAAACAAACCCACUAACGGAAAUCUAUAACGGACCGAUGGAGACUGUUCAGUUGUUGAGUUCGCUGGGAGAAGACCAGCUGCUCCCAUCUAACCUGCACCUGGCAUUAAUGUUUUAAUGCUUUCUGAUAUGACAGACGACUUCAAGUACUUUGUUUUUAAUAUUUGAUGAAGUUGCUGCAGGCUGGUGAAAAACAUUGAUUUGUUUUCUCUGUUCUCCAGCCCACCUCACCAUCCUCGUCCUUUUUUUUUUUUUUUUUUUUUUUGACACUGCGUCCUGAUUUUAAAGGAAAACCUUGAAAACUGGACCUCAGAAUUUGGGCGUUUAAACAUUCCAUAUACGUCAAGAUGCCAAAUUGCAUGAUGAAUUAAUAUUUACCUCAUACUUGGUUUCUUUGUUGGUCACAUGACCUGAAAAGAGCUUUGGUUACAACUUCCAGUUCUGUGUCCCCUCCAACAUUCAACCUUUCCUCUUAAGCUGCGAUGUGCAACAUGGUACAAGGUGCUUCCUGCAUCUAAAACUCAUUAUAUUUGUAGGACUUGCAGUCAGGCUUACUCUUAGUUGCUUUUUGAGUUUUGCAACUUAUAUUAAGAAGCAACUUAUGUCAAAUUCUAUGGAAGGAUAAAUGAGACAUGCUAGUUUCCUCUCCAAUAUGCAUUUUUUUAACAGAUAAGACAUAUUCAAGUGCAAUUUAUGGUCCAGAAGCUGCAGUAGUGGUUCAGCGUGUAAAACCCAUCUGAUUUUCCAUUCCCUUUAAUAUUUGCUUACACCGUAAUGUCUUUCUUUUUUUGCUUUAAGCACAUUUGUGCUGUGGUAGAACACUAAUCAUUUUUCAUCUCGGAAGCCAAACCACCUGUGCCCAGAAUGAAAGCAACAGCUGUGUAACAAAUAAACUGUGACCGUGGGACACCAACCCGUCUCUGGAAGAAGAAACUCAUUGAGUCGUGACCUGUCCUCUUCAACCUUCAGAGGAUCAGAAGGAUCUAGUUUAUAUAAAGUUAGCCCAGUUAUGCCACGUGCAUAAAUGAGCACAAGUCUCCCAGGUUGGAGAUGCAUGAGUAGAUGCUGCUGUUGUCUGAUGCUGCACAUAUCUUAAACAGGCUCUCAAAAACGUAAUGCGUUGGCAGAUUAAAAGGUGUCGCCAACUUAUGACUCGUUUUUAGUUUCUAAGUUCCAAGAUUUCAUUUCUUUCUCCACAACUGUAUAGUUGCUUAUUGACAAGAAUGGGCUGUUUAGUCACAUUGGAUAAAUAUUCUUUAAUUUGUUACGUCUUUUGCCAUCUUCCUUUGGGGACCACUACUUCCUUCAGAACUCCACAGUUUGAAUGCCUUAAAUAUGCACUUUCGGCUUCUCUUCUGUGUGCGGCGCAUUGCAUGGAUUCAGUUUUCGUGCGUUUUGGGAAAAGCGCCCAGAGAACUAGCAUGGCUUUGCAUGAGAUAGAGAGCGCAUGCAGGAUUUGUUUUAUAUGAUCACAAUGUACCAAAAAAGAAACAAUCAGUCAACAUGAACGACUACAGGACGAGUGAAUGACGUCGUCUUAGGUUAGACCAUAUCGUGCCUGUAUUUUUCAUAUUUAAUAUCGCUUCCACUUAUCUAGCAAGCUUUAUCCAUUGCCUGAUUUUGGACCUGGGGAAGUUGGGUUAGCAUACUUAAAAAUUAAUAUAUUUAAUAUCAUUCCUAUAACAUGAAAUCAUCAUGUCUUAUCCAAUUCUUCCUUUGACUGUUCUCUUGUUGAGAUAUGGAUUUUGUUUGAAGUUUGUUGUAAUUUUGAUGAUUGAAAAGUUGAUUCUCCUGCUGUCAUUUGUUUUUUUUUUUUUGUUUUGUUUGUUUUUUUAAUAUCUUAACAUGCUGACUGAAACAUUUCUAUGAUUCCGGACAUUUGUUUUAUGGAUAUGAUAGGCUUUCAAUGGCCUUCUGAUGUGAAGAGUGUAAUUGUGAAGCCAGGGGAAGUCGACGUGGAAGGGACCAGCAUGUGGUCUGUUGACGGCAUGUUCAUUCCACAAGUGCCUCUUCUUCUCCUCCUCCUCCUUUAGCAAUGAGAGUAAGCAAUCAACACCCAAGUGUUUUCGGAGCUGGUUUUCUAGCCUAGCAGAUGAGGCACGUCUCACACACAGAUACGAAAGGGUGGAUGGUGUUGUCACCAUGACAUCCUGUCAAUCCCGGCGCUACCGAGUGAGAUCCACCGUUUCGGUUGUUUGCUUUCUUCAUCGAUUUUUAUUAUUCAGCCUUCUGCCAGCCUUUUCCCUCCACAUUACACACAAUGUUUCAUCUCAUUUGUUAGCAUGAAUAGUCGGAGCGAGGUAGAUGCAUAUUUAUUAGUCCGUAUUAAUCACAGUAGAAGUUGUAAAUUUCCUCUUUUUUUUUUUUUUUUUUUUCUUUUUACAGAUGAUCUACUUGUGGGUAAUCAGUUUGUGCAAUAACAGUCGUUCAUCUCACUUUGUAACCUGGGUUUUCAUUGAUGACAUGAAUGCGAGAUAACCUUAUUUUUGUAAAGAAACCUGAAAAGUGUAAAAAGACGUACGCAAUGUUGAAAUGGAAAUUUUUUUUAAGGGGAAGGGGUUUUUUUUUUUUCCAUGAGCACCACGUAAUUGACGCACGUGUCUUGGACAGCUUUUGGGAAACCUUCACUGUCUGGUCCCUGGGAUGCGGUGUGGUGGAGCUAGCGCCCCCUAUCCUCCAGUUUCAUCAUACUCGCCCUCCAUCUCCUACAUGACCUCUUGAGCUUGAGGGGUUACCUUUUACCCACAGCUUAAGGGACUUGUACAUAUCGAAGGCCUCCACUACGGCAAACACCAAGGGCCGAGCCAGACGAAACAAAAUCCAGAGCUAUUUUUCACAGCGGAAAAUAAGACAUUGUUUUGUUUUAUUGUUUGUUUUCCUUUUGUAUAUCGGUGAUGAAUAAAUGAGAUUUUAACAAACAA